UGGCCUGGGAACACAGAUUCCUUGUGGUGCGGUGAUGGCAUUCUGGGCUCCUGUGUUUAUAGUCCUGGUGACCACUGUCUUGGUAGUGCUGUAUAGGCUGGGGGCCUUGCGCCAGAGGAGACCCAGAGAGCCCCCUCUGGACAAAGGCUUUAUUCCCUGGCUGGGCCAUGGCAGGGACUUCUAUAAGGAUGCCUCCAAUUUCCUGAAGAGGAUGCAAGAACGUCACGGGGACAUCUUCACUGUUCAGCUUGGUGGCCGAUACAUCACCUUUGUCACAGACCCCUUUUCUUUUGAUGCCAUUCUGAAGGAGGACAAAAGCAAGCUGGAACCUCAUAAGUUUUCACAUGAGCUGGUAUUCCAAGUCUUUGAGUUUCAAAGACUGAAAGAUCAGAAAAAUAUGACCAGGAGUAACACUUCAAAGCACUUGACGGGUACUGAUUUAGUUGGGAUAACCCAGGCCGUAAUGGAUAGCCUGAAGAUCCUGAUGCUAGAACCUGAUGCUGGUCUGAGAUCAGGACCCCAGGAGUGGAAGCAGGAUGGGCUAUUUCAAUACUGCCAUAGCACUGUCUUUAGAGCUGGUUACCUGGCCUUGUUUGGGAACUUACCUACUAAUGGCAAGGCAGGUCAUGCUCAGGAUCUGCUCCAAUCCCAGAAAAUCUUUGAAGAGUACAGGAAAUUUGACACUCUUCUUCCACAGAUGAUUUAUUCUCUGCUCCUGCCCAAGGAGAAGCAAGAAAUAAGAAGGCUAAAACAUUUCUUCUGGGAUAUUCUCUCUCCACAGCACAUCAUGGAGAAGGAUAAUGUGAGUGGAUGGAUCCGUUCCACUCAGCAGCUGCUGUCUGAUGUUGGAAUAUCUGAGAUAGAACAGAGCAAGUAUAACCUGGUAGCACUCUGGGCUUCCCAGGGCAACUCAAGCGUAGUGCCCUUCUGGACCCUCCUCUUCCUCCUGAAGAAUCCCAAGGCUCUGAAGGCUGUGAGGGAGGAGGCAGAAAGAGUCCUCAGGAAAAUGGGGCAAGAGAUGAGACCAGGUGGGGUGCCCAUCACUGUUGAGUAUAGCAUGCUGCAGCAGACCCCAGUGCUGGACAGUGUCAUGGAGGAGACAUUACGGAUGGUCGUUGCUCCUCACCUGACCAAGUUUGUCAUGGAGGACAUGAUCCUGAAAAUGGAUGAUGGCAGGGAAUAUGCCCUCCGCCAAGGAGAUGCAGUUUUCAUCUUCCCCUACCUUUUUCUCCAUAUGGAUCCAGAAAUCUACCCAGAUCCUACUACAUUCAAAUAUGACCGUUUCCUGAACCCUGAUGGCAGCAGAAAGGUAACUUUCUACAAGCAAGGGAGAAGGAUCAAGUCACACAUGUUGCCAUGGGGUAGUGGCAUCACCAUCUGUCCUGGGAGGUUCUUUGCCCUCAAUAAGAUAAAGAUGUUUGUGCUCUUGAUGGUCACACAAUAUGACAUAGAGUUAGUUGAUCAGGAGGUGAAGAUCCCUUCAAUCAAUGUAAAGCGCUGGGGACUUGGUGCCAUGCAGCCAAUACAUGAUGUCCAGUUCCGAUAUCGGAUACACUUCUAGUUUGAGUGUGAAAUCUUUUGCACAAGCCCAAGGAUGCAGUGGGGCAGAGGCACUCUUUCCCAUUUCUAACUAAACACCAAUUCCCCAGAAUCUCAUCCCCUAUAACAUAGAUCUUGGCCUCACCACCCUACUAAAUUGCUCUCUAAUGCCCUUCCCAAUCAACACAUCCUAUUGUCUCUUCUCAGACAUGUUUCACUUCUCUGUAGCUUUGGACGCUCUUGGCUAUCCCUUCCUCCUGAAGACUCUCUUCUCCCUGGGCUUCCUCUCUGACUCUUCCUUAAUCUCCUUGACUGAUUCCUCUUCUGCUUGUGGGUAGAGGUUGCAGAGAGAUUGGUUUCACUUGAAUAACAGGGGGAGAAACCUCCAAACAAUUAGGGCUGUCCCAUGGUAUUGUUCACAGUGGGGGUAGGUUGGUGGGCCAGUGCCACUGAACAUUAGCAUUCAAAGAUUAGACAACUCUUUUUUCAGGGAUAUUGUCUGGGAUAUUCUUGCUCAAGUACAAGUCAGACUCAAUCGCUUCUGAGGUCCCUUCCAGGCUGAGGUUCUAGGAGUGAACAGCCGUCUAUAGGACAUCUUGGAUUCUGUGACCCCACUCUCUUCCUCUAUCUGUCUGCUCUUUCUCUGUCUCUUCUGCAUGCCUCUUCUCUUUCUCCUGCCCCUGAGCUCCCAAGGUUCUAUUCUUUCUCUUCACUCUCCCCCUUGGUAAUCUCUUUCCCUCCUAGAGUACAGUUAGAACCUCUAUUCAGAUCAUUCCAUGGCUACGUUCCAGAUCAAACUCUUGGUCAACUUCCAGUCCAGAAUGUGUGAUUGCCUUUGGCUAGCUGCAUCUUGAUGUCCCAGCUAUAUACAUCCUAGACUGAAAUCAUCUUUAUUUUCCCAAGGCUGGGACCUUUCCCUAACUUGUACCUCUACAUUUUUUUUUUGCACCACCAUCCUCCCAGGCACUCAGACUCUCUGCGCAUGGAGCAAUUUUUAACUCUAACCUCCUUCUCUCUUUUCCUCAUAGCCAGUCAGUAACUAAGUUCUUCCUUUUCAAUCUCUCUCACAUCUGUCCGAUUCUUUCCAUACCCACUCUCACAAUCCUGGAUGUGUGGGGCAUCGCUUCUCAUCUGGACUGUUGCAAUACUCUCCUGCCCAGCCUCCUGAUCUCACCAAUCCCAUUGAUAUAGGCUACUAGAUUCAUCUCCCAAAAGGAACUCUGACACCAACACUCCAUAGCUCAAGGAUAUCCUGCUUCUCCUAUUGCCUGUGGGAUAAGGUCCAAAUUCCUUAACCCAGCAGUCAAGCUCCCCAACGGCCAGGUCCCGCCCUUUCUUACCCACCUUCUUCUCCCAUAAGUCCCCUAUUCAUACCAUCUUUUCCCUUUCAAGUGGACCAUUCACAGUUUCUCAAAGAUGCUCUGACUUGCUACAUAGGCAGAGUUCUGCUUAUGCAUGGACUUGGAAUCAAAAAACCAGGGUUCAAAUCCCAGCUUUGCUUUCUGCUAUAGAUGCUUGAUGUUUGAUGUCAUUUCCCCUCUGUAAGGCUCAGCUGCCUCUUCCAUACAAUGAGAGUCUGACUAGGUGAUCUCUAAUCCCUUCCAGCUUUCAACCCCAUGAUACUCUGCCCAGAAUAUUCUCCUCCAUAUCUCUAUCUAUGAAAAUUUAACCCAUCUUUCAAUUCAUGUAUAUUUUUAUAUCCCACCUUGGCUGCUGUCUCCUUCAGGGUGCUACCAAAUUGUAUCCCAGAGUACAGAUUUGUCAGUCUUUUACCAGUACUGUUUGGACAGACGUUGCCUUGACUGAUGGCCACAAGUUUUUUGGCUCUCUUGGCUCCUUUAAGCCUAGAGAGAGAUAUUAGCACAGCUUAAAUUAUCCAUUAAGACCAUUCAACUAAGCUGGGAAAUAAUUUUUACAGUCAGUGUCUUUGAUAAAGACUUCAUUUCUCUCCCAUAAAAAGAAAACCCUAAA